UCGCCAUUUUGGUCAAUCCUGUGGCGUUUACUGUUCGCGGCAAACGCCAAAACGUCGCCCAGGCGAGCUAAAGGUGUUGCGCCUGCGCUUGAUCACCGGCGCUAAACUAUUAAAGCGAGUCCGUACAAGAAGGAAUUGAUCCGGCAGCAUUCUCAUCAAGUGCUUUAAGGAGGAGCUCAGCAGCAGCCCGUUGCCACAGCGAUGAGCAUUGAGUACCUGCGCGAGUACGGAGACAUGGAGCCCGGCGACUACGACGGCACCGCGAUGCCCGGCCCUCCGCCGCCACCACCGCCCCGGGACGAGCGGCAAAGGGACCGCGACAGAGACCGACGGGGCGAGCGAAGCAGAGGUCGAGACCGCGACUACAGGGGCAGCGACCGCGGCGGUCGCGACCGGGACCGGGACCGCGACCGGAUUUUGGACCGGGACUACUACGACCGCCGGGACUACGAUGCGUCGCCGGCCAGCCGCGACAUGGCAGCCCGCGAUGUGGACUACCGCGACCUGGACGAGCCGGACCGGUACCGGCGGAGAGAAUACGACGACGUGGACCGCGAGCGGCCCCGGCGCCGCGAACGUGACCGGGACCGGGACCGGCUGUACCGGGACCACUCGUGGGACCGCGACCGCGGUCGGGACAGAGACCGUGACAGGGACCGCGACCGGGACCGCGAUCGAGUCCUGGACCGCCGCGACGAGAUACCGAACAGCACCAUCAUGGUUCGGGGCAUGCCGGUGGAGACGACGGACGCGGAGCUUCGCAAUGAAGUGGUUCGCUAUGGCCUUGAGCCUAAGGACAUCAGGCUUAUGAAGCGCAAGGAUACAGGUGCCUCCAGGGGGUUUGCAUUUGUGGAGUUUCGCUAUCUCUCCGAAGCGGUUCGGUGGAAGGAACUUACAAAGGGCGUCAUUCAGCUGGGUGACAUGCGCUGCACACUUCACUACAGCAUUCCUAAGGACGGGUUUGGCGGCGGCAUGGAACGGGGCGGAAUGAUGGCCCGCACCGACUGGAACUGCAGCAAGUGUGGGGUCAACAACUUCAGACGCCGGGACAGUUGUUUCAAGUGCAGUGCCACCAGGGAAGAGGCAGAAGCUUCGGGCACGGGCGAUGGCUACGACGAGAUUAGCUCUGUGCCAACGAACACACUACUGUUGCGCAACUUGGACGUACUGACAACAGAGGAGCGCGUCCUGGCCGUGCUGGGCCAGACGACCAACGUACCCAUCAAGAGCCUCAAAGUGGCACGUGACACCGUCACGGGUGUGUCGCGUGGCUUCUGCUACGUCGAGCUGCACACGGUUGCAGAGGCUGCCCAGCUGGACGACCUCUUGCUCAACAUGGGGGGCCAGUUCUACAUCGACGGUCGGCAGGUCCUCGUUGCCUAUGCACGCAAGCCAAGGACCACUUCCAGUGCGGUGACGGCCAAUGUCGCAAGCGUUGCAUUGGCGGCAGCGCAGUGGACAAAUCAGCCAUCGACUCCCGGUGUUGCUCAACAGGCCUCAGUGAAUGUGGCGGCUGCACCCGUGACGUAUGGCCCCCACCCCCCUGACAGUGGCGUCACGUCUGCUGCUGGUACAGCAGGCCAGACCGUGUCAAGCCUGGGCACAGUGGUUGUGGACGGGGUGAGCUACCCACGCUACCCCGUGCCCGACGUCUCCACUUACCGGUACGACGAGAAGUCCGGCUACUACUAUGACGCCUCGACGGGCCUGUACUAUGACGCCAACUCGCACUACUACUACAACCCUGAGGCCCAGCAGUACAUGUACUGGAACAACGAGAAACAGACCUACCUGCCAGCGCCCACGUCCACAGCCACUGCUGUCGGCGCCAAUGCCACUGAUCAUGCUGCAGCUGCCAAUGCGGCUGGGGCUGCGGCAGCGGCUGAAGCGGCCGACGGCAAUGACAAGAACAAGGGCAAAGCCAAAGACAAGGAGGACAAGGUCAAGAUUGCCAAGAAAAUUGCCAAGGACAUGGAGCGUUGGGCCAAGACGCUCAACCAAAAGAAGGAGAACGCCAAGCAGGGCCUGGUGGCCUCCGCACAGAGCUUGGCCGACGAGCGGCAGUCGGCGGCGGCUGACGCGGGCUUUGCCAUCCUCGAGAAGCACCAGACCGUCACGGUGGACCGGCUAGCCUUUGGCGGAAGUCUGCUGCAGCCCAGCGUGCCUGAGAGCCCCCUGGCUGCUGUCGGUGUGACCAGUGCACGCGAGACGCUGGUGCCAGAGUAUGGGGGCGGCUCGGACUCCGAUUCCGAGGCGGAAGGGAACGACGAGAGCCACCUGCUGGACUGGACCAAACUGGCCUGCCUGCUCUGCAAGCGCCAGUUCCCCUCUCGUGAAGUCCUCUCAAAGCACGUCCAGCUCUCGGGACUCCACAAGCAAAACUUGGAAACUCUGCGGUUGUCGAAAGGCUCAGGUGGUGCAGAGGGUCAGGCAUACAGGGACAGAGCCCGGGAGCGGCGGUUGAAGUACGGCCAGCCAGAACCACCGGCAGCUGGCACCAUGCGAGAGAAGACGGCCAGGCCAACGCCAGCCGUCCAGAGCUAUGAGGAGCCGACCAAGCAAGGCAUUGGCGAGGACAACAUAGGCAACAAAAUGCUUAAGGCCAUGGGCUGGUCUGAGGGACAGGGCCUGGGAAAGACCAACGCUGGCACAACGAACAUUGUUGAGGUUCAACGGAGGGUUGCCAGUGCUGGACUAGGCGUCAGAGGCGCCACUUACGGAGCGACGGCCGCCAACACUUACAAGGAAUCAGUGAAGAAAGCCAUGGCUGCACGAUAUAACGAGCUGAGUUAGCCUGUUGUGUGCAAGGCUUAUUUAUGUAAGAUACGUGUAUGUAGAAACUGGGUCCACACAUUGGGCCCUCGGUGCCAAUAAAAGCAUGGGGUCCAAACCUU